GUUCCACAUUCAUUCUCUCCUCAAUUCUUAAGAAAUCAGCCUCAACAGCAAUAGCUUGACAAACCCAUCAAUGGCGGGCGGAACUGAAGCUUUCCCUGAUUUAGGAAGACACUGCCAACACGACGAUUGCAACCUUCUCGAUUUCCUCCCUUUCACCUGCGACGGUUGUCACCAGGUAUUCUGUCUCGAGCAUCAAUCUUAUAAAUCCCACAACUGCCCUAAAGCUGAUCAUAUCGGCCGGAAGGUUGUCGUCUGCGAAGUGUGUUCCAUGUCCAUCGAAACCACCGGUCACGUCGGAGAAGACGAGAAGGCGAUCUUAGAGAGGCAUGAGAAGUUGGGAGAUUGUGACCCUAAGAAGAAGAAGAAACCCACUUGCCCUGUUAAGAGAUGCAAGGAGAUCUUGACGUUCUCUAGCACAAGCACGUGCAAAACGUGCCACGUGAAGGUGUGCCUCAAGCACCGUUUUCCGGCCGACCAUGCUUGUAACAGAGCUGCUUCGCCUUCCACCUCGGCCGUUAAUCCUGUCAACGAACGAUGGAAUGAUCGGUUCCUAACUGCCCUGUCGUUGAGGAAUGGAAAGGACUGUGCUAAAAGCCCCAGUUCUCCUCGUCCUCCCGCUACUCAAUCUGUCGAAGCCUGCUGACACUACGCUUUCAUGCCAAUAUGAAUAAAUGUUAAUUUGAGAUGCUAGUUGCUCAAGUUUUAAUUUGAUUUUAUAUUCUGUAAUUGAAUCUUCAUAGGCCUAAUUAUAUUUUUUUAAAUUUAUGUCAUUCAAUUUAUUGCUGUGAUGCUAAAUUCUGCAGCUGAAGCCCCGUUUGCGGCCGCAGAAUAUCAGAACA